AAGAACUAUACAUCGUUAAUCUAUAGAAAGAACCUUUCAACCUCCAAAAAAUUUCAAAUUUUCUUGAUUUGUAAAUAAUAAAAAAAUAAUAAUAGAAAUGGCAAAUUUGAAACGUCUCCUCUUACAAAUAAAUACUAAAGGAGUAAGAUUGUUUUCCACCAGGAAGAAUCCCAUAGAUCCCGAAGAUGCCUUAAAAUUGCCUAUUUUUGAAUAUGGAGUUAGUAAAAAAAGUUAUAACCGAUUAUUCGUAUGGGGUCAUACAAAAACUGGAGCUCUUGGUAUUCCAUACAUUCGCAGUACAGAGAAUUAUGAGUCGAUAAAAAACUUUCAUGUACCCAAACGAAUGGGAUUUGGAGAAAAAAAUGAGGUAGUGCAAGUUGCUUGUGGUUUUGGAUUUUCAUUAUUCAAUGUGAAACAUAAGGAUCCUGAUAAAAUGCUGUAUGGAACAGGUUUGAACACAGAUUCACAAAUAGGUUAUCAUGAAGUUAGGCAAGACAAGCCUCUGGAAAUAUUAUUUUAUCCAAAGCCAAUUGCAAUUCCUUUUAAAGACACUUCCACAUGUGAAAUAAAGAAAAUAGCCGCUGGCAGAGCACAUUCCUUAGUUUUAACUAACGAAGGUUUGUUUCUUCUUGGCAAUAAUGGAUAUGGACAGUGUGGAAGGCCAAUAAUUCAAGAUGAGGACUAUUCCAAGGGCAACUACAUUCAUCAUAUUGUAGACAUUGAUGGUAAAAAAAUUGUUGAUGUUGAAUGUGGUCAAGACCAUAGUUUAGCUCUUACUGAAGAUGGCUCUGUUUAUUCUUGUGGGUGGGGUGCUGAUGGACAAACAGGACAAGGGCAUUACCAGAAUAUUUCCACAUUUUCUAAAGUUCAAGGAGAUAUUAGUACUGAAAAAAUCAUCAAAUUGAAUUCAAGAUGCGAUUUUGUGAUGGCACUUAAUGAUAAGGGAGAUGUUUUCGGCUGGGGUAAUACAGAAUAUGGACAAAUUAUGUCAGAAACGGGGGAUCAACAACUGCAUACACCAACACACAUGAAAAAGUUGAAAUCCCUUGGUAGAAUUAUAGAUAUUGCUGCUGGAGGGUCAUUAUGUAUGGUGUUAAAUGAGGACCAUCAAGUAUUUACCUGGGGAUUUGGUCUCCUAGGAUUUGGACCAAAUGUUCAACAGUGUACACAACCUACAAAGAUACCUGAAGUAUUAUUUGGGAAGAAUGAUUUUCAACCUGAUAACGUUGUGGAAAAAAUUUCAUGUGGAGUUAGCCAUUCUGCAACAAUUACCUCGAAUGGGGAUUUAUAUUCGUGGGGCAGGAACAGAAAUGGAUGUUUAGGAUUAGGCAAUGAACAUGACCAAUACUUUCCUUUGAAGGUUUGUCUGGGCGGACUCGUAAAAAACAUUUCUUGUGGAAUAGAUCAUAGUAUAGCUGUUUGUAAACCAUUUAUUUGAAUAUAAAUCAUUCAAUUCA